AUGGGCAAUGUUGAGAAAGGCAAGAAGAUUUUUGUUCAGAAGUGUGCCCAGUGCCACACCAUGGAAAAGGGAGGAAAGCAUAAGACAGGACCAAAUGUCCACAGUCAAUUUGGGAGGAAGACAGGUCAGGCCUCUGGAUCUUUGUACACAGAUGCCAACAAGAACAAAUGCAUCAUGUGGGGAGAAGAUACACUGAUGGAGUAUUUGGAAAAGCCCCCAAAAUACAUCCCUGGAACAAAGAUGAUCUUCACUGGAAUUAAGAAGGGAGAGGGUAGACCUGAUAGCUUAUCUUAA